AUGUCUGCCAAGAGCAAAUCUCUUGUACUGCUAUCUUCCGCCAUCCAAGCCUAUCUUGAUGAAGGCAGUUCGGACAUGUCUGUCUCCUCCAUGGAGUACAUCGACUCUGCUCUGAAGGAGUUUCGGCGCGAAAUCGUGGCCCAUUAUGAUGUUAUGCCGGCUGCCACGGCGUGUUCUGGCGUACUGCUGUGUGUUCUUCAAUUCCUUCAAGCUCAACCGUGUACCCCCGUCAUUGGAUUACUCGCCGAAACCUUCCAUCUGAAUGCUCCUAUGACAUAUCUCAAUCCCAACCCCGAGCAUGACCUCUCAGUACGGCAUGCCUUGGAGUUUAUCGGUCUCAUGGACAUGCCCUGUCUCGUACUGGGAAGAAAGUGUCCCUCUCUCGGUAUUUGGAGACGCUUUCGACAAGUUCAAGACUCCUGGAAAGGGGGAAGAGUCAAGGCCUUGGAAGUCGUCACUGGCGUGCCGCAUUCGCUGCUGGAUAUCUUCGCCGACACCCCGUUCGAGACGGCGGAGGUCUCCAUUAGUCGGUUUUGGGGAUGGCCAGGUGAAAUGGGCGAGUACGUUCAGUGCUUGUUGUGGGAUUGUUGGCGAUUCGCCGGCAUGCUUCACAUCCGCAGACGCGAGCAGCGAAUUAUAAACGCAACACAAAAAGAUGGCCAAUUCGUUGGUGACGAUCAGCAGGACGCGCUGCCGAGUUCAGAAAUCGUCUUGUACCGUCUGGUAUCAGGACUUCAUCUCUUUUGUGUGGCGUGUCAGCUGCCCGAGAAUCAGCAUCUGUUGUGCCGCAAUGGCAUCGUCUUCCCUCUGAUAACGGCAUGUCUCGAAACUCGACUCCUUAAGCGGCAUCCUGACUGGAAACAAACCGUGGAUGAUGUGCUGUCGGCUGCUAAGAAGAGGUAUCUCUUUCAGUUGGCAAGGUCUACAUGGGAGCUGCUUGAUGAAGCUUGGAAGGAUGGUACAAUGGAAUUUGACCUAGAUAAAGCAGCAUCACGCAGAGGCCAGGAGGUGUCAUUAUUGUAG